AGUAAAUUCCGUCGCUAUUUGCAGUUUCUUAAUCAAAAAAUUGAUUAAACUUGUAAAAAUAACUAAUUAACGGUUUCUCGUAACAGCGGAAAGCGUCGCACAAACUGGGCGCAACGGAAUAUUAAUAAAAAUAAAAGCAAUAAUGUUUACCUAACUGCACAGGAAACAAAAACAGCUCAGUGUGUGUGUAUGAGCAUGUGUAUGUGUGUGCCACAGAAAGUGGCAAUAGUUAAGUGUACAAAAAUUUAUAAAUGAUUUUAUAUUGUUAAAAUUUAUGCAACAAUAAUAUUGCAAAGAGAAUCCAUGUGGGAAACCAAUGGUCAUUUCCUCAAAUGUGAAAAGCUAAAGAAAAUGAGAAAAAAGAAAUAACACAAAAAAAUAAAAAAAAAAGCGCUGCCCUGUGGAAGAAACGCGAAGCACAGAAGCAAAGAAAAAUCGAAAUAAUAAAAUACAUACAAACGCGCUGUGUGUGUAUGAAUGUUUGUGUGUGUGAGUGUGUAUCAAUAAAAAAGUGUGCUUGUAUGCGCAGUGCAAGUGUGUGUGUGUAUGUGUCUGUGAGUUUGUAUGUGUGAGUGAAACGUAUAAAUAAAAUUCAGCCAAAUGCAGAAACCAACAACAAAAUGGAUAACAAAACUACACAGUUGGAUUUUAAAUUACUGGUGGACCAGUCAGUAAAUCUGCUGGAUAGCUUGAACGCAGCGUCGCGGUGCGAUGCAAUUAAAUAUUUGCUGCAAACGCUCAAGUGUAAAUAUCCAGAGGCCUGCGACCAAGUCGUCAGGAGUCUCUUCUUUACGCACAUAGCCCCACAGAAUGCGAACGAUGCGACGACACAGGCACAGCUAACGAAGAGCAAACAAUUGCAGCUGCUGCUGGCUGCCAAAAAAGAGAAGACGGAAAAAACGGAGCCGGAGGAGAGCGAUAAUGCAGCGACGGCGGCGGCGACGACGACGACAGUGCGUAUUAAGCGCGAGAGCGUGUCGGCUGAGGAUGCGACGGCGGCGAUAGCAGCAGCAGCAGCAGCAGCAGCAGCAGCGGCGCCGGCAUCGUCUAUUGAUUUGAAUCAAAAUUUUGAGAAAAUUCUCUGCAAAGAGGAACUAAUGUGCCUCGAUGACGACGAAGAGCCCGAUUUGCUCGACGAUGAAGAGAAUAUGUCUUCCAUAAGCAAGCGCUUGCUGCAUAGCAGCAGAAACAACAAUGUUGUUGUUGCUAGCAAAGCAAAGCUGCUUAACAGUGAUCCGCUGGAGCUGAAGCGCAAAUACGCCGCCAGCUUUGAUGAGGAUGAGGCGAACUAUGUUAGUGCUAACGAUGAUUAUGAUAGCAAUAGCAGUGAACAGCUGCAGCUGCGUCAACAGCAAUUGAAGCUAGUCGACUGUAGUGCGUUAAUCAAACGCAAGCGUAACAACAAUCACAUAAACAACAUUAACAUUAGCAGCGGCAGCAGGCACAACAACAACAUCAGCAGCAACAGCUGCUUGCCGGCGGCAACCCGUUCACGCCUAGGCGAGGGCUAUGUGUUCCAUGAGGACCAUAAGUAUACGCUGCGCUAUCAUCACAGCAGCGGCGAGUUUAGUGAACGCGCCUUUAAGGCGCAGUUUCGAUUGCUGCUGCGACUGGCGCUCAGCCAGCAUCAGAAGCCAUUUCUGAAACAGUUCUAUGAUAAUUUUGUGAUCACUGGACGACUGUUGGGCACGACGCCUUCAACGCGCGUGCUCAAGCAAUUGCGUGAGCAGCGGCUAGAGGAAUGGCGACAGCAACGCGAAAGCAAGCAACAGCAAGAGCAACAAUUGCAGCUGUUAGCGCAACAGCAGCAGCAGCAGCAAGAAGAACAACAACAGCGUCAGUUGGAGCAGCUGCAGCGAGAGCAACAGUUGAAGCUGCAGCUUGAGCAAAUGCCAGAGCAGCCAGAGUUGCCGGCGCUUGCCUUUGGCGAUUCUGAGCUUGAAUCCGAAACCGAGUCACAAUUGUCUUCAGCUGCGCAGGAGAUAAUGAAAUUUGAAGAGUUCAUUGACGAAGGCGUAGGCGCUGGACGUCUUAUUGAUGGCCUUGAAAUGGAACCAGAGAUUGAUGAAAUGUUAGCUGGCGGCAGUGGCGUCGACGCUGGCGACGGCGGCGGCAGCAUAACGCCAAAUACUGGCAGCGCUCAUAGCAACAGCAAUAGCAGCAUUGUGCAUGAAAACAAUCUGGCAACGCUGCCGCUCUUGUUAGACAAUGGUCAAGCGGCGGCAGCAACAACGUUGCAACAACAGCAGCAGCAGCAACAGCUCAACACCAACAGCAGCAGCAGCGGCAGUAGCAGCAACAAUCUUGUGAUCAAUGGCCUUACAACAAGCAAUAUACAUCUUAACAAUAAUAACAAUAACAUAAAUAUAAUCAAAAGCCAGCAGUCACAACAACAACAACAGCAGCAGCAGCAGCAACAGCUGCAACAUCAACAAUUGCCCUAUGCCCAACUGCAACAUCAUCCACAUGGACCGCAACAGGCACAGCCACAUUUUAAUGCCAAUAAUCCGCUCAGCAUGAUGGGCGGCAUGAUGCUGCAACAGCAGCAGCAACAGCUGCAGCAACAACAACUGCAGCAGCAGCAGCUGCAACAGCAACACUUGCAACAAACACAAUUUAUGCAACAACAGCAGCAACAACAGCAACAUGCUGCCAUGCUGAACCAUCGUGCGCCGCCAGCGCAUCUCGCAGCGCAACUCAAUUCCUCUUUGGAGCUGGACGAUGCUGAGCUCUCUGGCGACGAGGAUGACGAUGAGCUGGACAAUGAUUUGGACGAACUGGAUGCGGCCAAGCAGCAGCUCAUUGAUGGCGGCAGCAGCAGCAGCACCUCGUUGCAAGCGCCGCCCUCACAGCUGGGCGGCAGUCAAACGCCGGGAAGCAAAAAGGAUAAACCCAGCUAUAAUUGCUUGCUGUGUCCAAAGUCAUAUCGCAAGCGAAAAUCACUGCUGGAUCACUAUAAAAUGCAUCCAGGCUAUUGCCACGAUUGUGGACAGCCCAAUGGCAAUACGCUGGAGGAAAUUAUACAACACAAUCGCACGAUGCAUGUAAAGGAGUUUCCAUUUGUGUGUGAAACUUGCGGUGAAUCCUAUUCACGACGCCAACAAUUUCAUGCGCAUGUUGAGUCACAUAAAAAGGAAUUCAAAAUUUUUCCCUGCGGCGAGUGCGGCCUGAAGCUAUCGCAAAAGAAGUUGCAACAACAUUUCGAGGAGACGGGCCACAAGAGCAGCGAUGGCGCCAUCUGUGAAGUAUGCGGCGCCUCGUUUCCAUCGAAGAAUGCGCUCUAUCAACAUAUAAUACGCGUCCAUAAGCGUGAUAAUUUCUUUGAGUGCCACAUUUGCCAUAAUCGCUUUACGCUCAAGGCCAAUCUGGAGCGGCAUGUGCAGCUGCAUACGGAGGUGAAGCGCACCUAUGUGUGCGAUCUAUGUGGCAGCUCCUAUUUCACAUAUCCGGCGCUCAAGGAGCACUACAGCAAUGCGCACGUGGAUGUGUCUGAAUGCAAGUGCACGCUGUGUGGCAAGCGCUUUGGUUCGGCCAAGUCCUUGCAACGCCAUUUGCCAUCGCAUUCGGAGGAGCGACCGCAUUGCUGCAACUACUGCGAUCAGACUUUCAAGUGGAAGACGCAUCUGGUGCGCCACAAACAGACGAUGCAUGGCAAUCAACCGCCGCCGCCAAAGAAGGGUAAGCAGCGCUUUCCCAAGGCCAAUGAUGAGGACAUGUUGCCACUGCCGGAUAUGCCUGGUCCGCCGCCUGUUAAGGCGAGCAAAAAGUCUGCCGCCAGCAAGGCGAAAACUCAGUCAACAGGCGCUGGUAAAGUGGCAGCCACGCCCACGCCGCCACCACCGUUAUCAACAACGCCUGGUUGCUCGCAGCAGGAACAAUUCAAUGCGGCCAUAGUGAGCAGCAAUAGCUCGCAGUCAUCAACAGCAUCAACGUCACAGCAUUCGGUGUCCACAAGUGAAUCUCAGCAGAAUUCCAUGUACAAUCAAAGCUUUACGGCGGACAAGCUGCAGCCAACGCCACAACAACAACAACAGCAGCAGCAGCAGCAGCAACAGAAUGCGCUGCAUCAACAGCAGCAACAGGCUGCUGCUACGCCGCCGCCCACACAACAGCAACAACAACAGUCGCUAGCAGCACAACAGCAGCAGCAACAAGCGCCGCAGCCGCUGACGCCGCAUCAUCGCCAUACGCCAAACAAUACUACGCCGGAGUUGCACUUGCAACGCAUGAACAGCUUUGGUGCGCCUGAGAAUCAAUUUCACUUUGAGCCCACGUCUGCGGCUGCAGCAGCAGCAGCGGCGGCUGCAGCUGCGGGCUAUCAGCAACAUGGCCUAAUGAAUCAAUAUCAACAGCAGCAGCAGCAGCCAGCACCACAGGCGCCACCACAGCAACAACAACAACAGCAGCAGCAGCAGCCACUUAUGCGCAGUCAUACGCCACAAAGUCCGCUAACGCAUGCGCAUCUACAGCAGCAACAGCAGCAGCAGCAACAUUUUAAUUCGCCACAUCAUAUGCCAGCCAUGCAUCAUCAGCAUCAAUUGCUGCUGCAGCAGCAACAUCGUCACACGCACUCGCCGCAGCAUCAGCAGCAGCAGCAACAUGCGCGACUGCAAUCACCGCAGCCGCAACCGUCGCCUGCAGCAGCAGUAACGCAGCAGCAACAGCAACAGUUUUUGCAGCAACAACAACAACAGCAGCAGCCAACUGAUAAUUGGGGCAACAUGAAUUUUGCUGGCAAUGCCAACAGUCAACAAAUGGAGCUGAAGGACAAUAAAUUUUAUAUUGUUGAUUCGGAUGAGUUUCUGGGUCUUCCAAUGAAUGUAGGCGGCGGCGCUGCAGCACCACAACAACAGCAACAACAACAGCAGCAGCAGCAGCAACAACAAGCUGUUGUUGUAAACAAACAGCAACAGGCGCAGCAGCAACCACCAGAUGCUGAUCUAAUGAGCUUCCAAAACAUGUGGCCAACACAGCAGCUACCGCAGCAGCAGCAACCACAAGCACAGCAGCAGCAGCAACAACAGCCGCCUGCAGCGCAGCAACAGGUGAAUGCAAGUCCCGCUGCUGAUGCGCAUGGAUUUCAUAAUAAUAUUGGCAGCAUACUCACGAAUCUCAUUGAUACGAAUACGACGCCCAUGGAGUACAACUUUGAGCUCAUGCAACAGCAACAGCAGCAGCAAAGCGCACAACAGCAGGCAGCACAGCAGCAACAUCACAAUGCCAACAAUGCCUAUGCCAGCGGCUUGAUGCGUCAUACAGCUGCUGGCAAUGUCUAUGUGCCCUAUGAGCAGCAGCAGCAGCAACAACAUCACAAUCAUAAUCACAACCAUGAGCAGCAGCUGGUGAACGAGGCGCAAAAGCAACACAAUAGCUUUCAGCCCUAUCAUGCGCAUCCACAUGGUCAUGCCUUGCAGCAACAGCAGCAGCAGCAGCAGGCGUUGCAUCCACAUCCACAUGCGCAUCUGUUGCCACCGCCUGGGCCACAUGGUCAUCCCUAUGAGCGCACAGCGCCGCCACUGGGCGUUGGCAUUGGCGUCGGCGUGGGUGUUAAUGUAGGCUAUCCCAUGCUGGGCGAUGACAACAAAUCGGUGCUGCCGCCCAUCAAUGAUUAUAUGCAUCAUAUGCAGCAGCAGCAGCCUGACUUGAUUUAUUAUCCAGUGAAAAAUGAUUGACAACCAAAGUAGCCGAGGCUUGGUGCGGCGCCGCACCAAACACAAAAGCAGCAGCCGCAACAGCAGCAACAUUUUCAUAAUAACAAUAAUAAUAAUCAUACGCGCUGGUGGCCAGCAUCAGCAAGCAGCUUAGGCGCCAAACGAGGCGAUGUUUUUCAUUGAAAAGCAUUAACACUUACAAAACAAAUUUAUUACAUUUAAUACAAAACAAUUAUUUUGUGUUUAUUAUUUUAGGACUUUUAUUCUGAGCGCAGUUCUAUUCGUAGUUUUGUUUUAUUUUUUAUAUAGUUAACAUGCAGCAGCAAAUUCUAACUAGCCGUAAGCUUUAAAAACUAAAGUUGUAUUUUAAAUAUUUUCAAGCGAUGCUAGCAGCAACUCUUUUUUAAAAACCCAAGCAUACACAUACAAACAAAAAUCUAUAUAUA